ACACAAAAUCCGCUCGUUUGGGAAAAUGCGCUUUGCCUCAGUACUGCUCGUCCUCCUCCCAACCCUCGUGCUAUCCACGGUCCUCCCUCCGGAAUGGAACGAACCACUCCACGCGCUCGACCACGACCCCGAGGCUCCCGACCGCGAGGACCCCGACCUGGACUCCUCCUACAUCUUCGACACCAUCUCCGACCCGUUGGGGGACCGAGAAAUGGCAAUCCAAAACGUCUUGAGGUCCCCCACCAAAUUUGCGAAUUUCCCGCCAAUUGUCGCACACCCAAAGGACCACGAGAAAACAUUGACCCCUGGUGAAAUCCCGGACUACGUCUUGGACUACUCGCCACAUGUCUACCUCUACCUGGAGGAGCGUUACCUCCCCUACGACAUCCGCGACUUUGUCACCCACACCCAUGCGCGCUGGAAGAAUGGCACCGUGUUCAAUGAAACGGUGGCAAACAUGUCGCUCCACAAAUUGGCAACCCUCCCGCGCAAAAAGAAAAUUUAUCUCACAUGUAACACCGACUUUGACCUAGACCCAGACUGGAUCACAGGGGUCCAUAACCGGCCGUCGUUGAUCGAUGGUGAGAUCAAGAACGCCCCCGCCACCUUGAUUGUUGUCGACAAGGGCAAUGGCUGGGUCGAUUCGUUCUGGUUCUACUUCUAUCUGUUCAACUUGGGACCCUUUGUCUCUGGCCUGGGGCCCUAUGGCAACCAUGUUGGUGACUGGGAACAUUCCCUCGUACGCUUCUACAAGGGGAAACCCGUCAUUGUGUGGCUUCUGGCCCAUGGAGGCGGCGGUGCGUAUUACUACCACAACUUGGAAAAGCUGCAGACCUCGCCCUUACACCCAGUCAUCUUCUCCGCGCGCGGUACCCACGCCAACUACGUCUCGGUGGGGCAACACCCACACGACCUCCCGUACGACAUUUUGUCAGACUUCACCGACCGCGGACCCUUGUGGGACCCUUCGAAAAAUUACUUGGGGUACACGUACGACGGCAAGGUGGCAACCCCCGCCGCGCGCAACGCCAAUGAACACCACACAGGCCGUGAGCUCGAGUAUGGCAAUUGGCUUGUGUUCCGCGGCCACUGGGGCGACAAACAACUCCCCUUGACCGACCCACGCCAGCAGUACCUGUUGAUCGCCGGCUACCACCACAUCGACGGACCCACGGGGCCCUUGACGAAAAGCUUGCUCCGACUCUCGCCGUGCGGGCGCGGCAAGUGGUGGAACUUCUGGCAGGGUUGCAACAUCCGCGAGAACAUCAAGUGGGGCAUAGGUGUCGAGAGCGAGGGCUACAACUGCGGCAACAUCUUCCUCCACGUGCGGCCCAAGUGGCUCCGGCUGGUGCUCAACCAGCUCACGUGGGGCGGCGGGUUCUGCUACGUAGUCGACUUGCUCUACGGCUAGCCUCCCCCUCCGCCGUCGCCCUCUGGCGUCACGUACCUUAUAACUAAUUACAUAAAACGAG